AUGGCUUCUCCUUCGUCGACGACGCUCUUCCACAUUCCUACCAACCGGAUAUCUUCAGUGACGAACGGGACAGGCAUUACACGCAGACGACGGACGCUCACCAGCCCUUCCAGCAGCCAUAUACUACAGUCCAUCGAGGAGAGGAAGCUAUGCAGGCUCAGGGGGACGACGCCUUCUCUGCUGCAUCGCUGCAAGCAGCUUGUCGUCAGGCAUACAUGGACGGUCCCUCUCGUCCCCAUGCUCGCCAUUCUUUUCUUAUACGGCCUUAAUCCAACUGAAUCUAAUGUCUUUCAUCAUUUCAUAUUUCUCUCAUACAAACAACAACAACACCGAUUAUCAGAUCCCAUGAAACCGGUACAAUAUGGCAAGGGGCUGUGGGAUAUCGCGUUCGUUACCUUUUAUACCAUCGUUCUCUCUGUUACGCGCGAGUUCAUCAUGCAGGAGUUAUUGCGCCCCUUGGCUAUCUUCUACGGGCUGAAAUCGCGGGGGAAACGGCUGCGGUUCAUGGAACAGACCUAUACAGCCCUGUAUUUUGGCAUAAUGGGGCCGGCGGGACUGUAUGUGAUGAGCACGUCCCCAGUCUGGUACUUCAAUACCCGCGGAAUGUACGAGGCUGCUCCUCAUCUGACGCACGACGCUGGCUUCAAAUUCUACUACUUGUUCCAGGCGGCCUAUUGGGCGCAGCAGGCCGUAGUCAUGCUACUCGGAAUGGAGAAGAGACGGAAGGAUUUUAGAGAGCUCGUUACGCAUCACAUCGUUACUCUGGCCCUCAUUGCCCUAAGUUAUCGCUUCCAUUUCACUUAUGUCGGAAUCGCAGUGUACAUCACCCACGACAUCAGCGAUUUUUUCCUUGCCUCAUCCAAGGCACUGAACUACAUCGACAGCCCUCUGGUAGGGCCUUUCGUCGGUGCCACUAUCGGCACCUGGAUCUACAUGCGCAACUACUUGAAUCUACGCAUCAUAUUCUCUCUCUUCAACGAGUUUGAUACCGUUGGCCCUACCGAGUUCGACUGGGAAGCAGGCCAGUUUAAAUGCACCUCCACCAAAAUCUUCUUCCUUGUCCUGCUGGUUGCUCUCCAGGCUCUCAACAUCUUCUGGCUUUUCUUACUUGUGCGCAUUGCCUAUCGCUUUGUCGUACACAACAUCGCAAAGGACGAAAGAUCCGAGGCCGAAGAGUCUGAGAUCGAAGAGAUGAAGACCAGGGAGGCUAAGGUAGCUGUUACCUCCGCUAUAAAACAGCCUGCUAGCCUCAAAACCUCCUCAUGA